UCUUCAGUUCCGCCCCUAAUUUGCAAAGACAAGACAAGCCAAGCCAAGCAAAGCAAAGCCACUCUCUAGACAUGGACGACGACCACCACGACGGCGGCCAGGCAUUGAUCUCGCCAGAUAAAAGUCACCACGAUCUCAACACCAAGAUCAUGCUCACCGCCAUCAUCUCUCUCUCCUUUCUGGUUGUUCUCGUCACCGCCCUCCACAUAUACGCUAGAUGCAUCAUUCGUCGCCAGUCACGCCGCCGUGCCGACGCCGUGCGGCGACUGGGGCUCCCAGUGCUUUCCCAGCCUCCCCCCGCCGAGCCGCCCAAGCCGGGGCUUGACCCCUUGGCCAUCGCUUCUCUGCCCAUAUUCGUCUUCAAGCAAGCCGGGGAAUCCAGGGUCGACGAAUGCGCCGUUUGCUUGAGCUUCCUCGAAGAUGGCGAAAUGGCAAGGCUUCUUCCCAGCUGCAGCCACGCUUUCCACGCGGAGUGCAUCGACAGGUGGCUCGCCUCACACCCGACCUGCCCAAUUUGCCGGACGGAAGCCGAGUCCCCCGCACCUUCGGCGGACCCUUCGGGCGGCGCUGGCCCCACAGCGCCGCCGCUGGAACACGUUAACUCGCGAUUGAGCUCCUUCAGGAGGAUGCUUAGCCGGGAAAGAUCGUCCCGGAGAACUCAGUCAUGCGGAGAAGGGGAGGGUGGGCACAAUGAUAUUGAGAGCCCAUCAUCUUGAUGAGUUUGAGAUCUCGAGUUCCAGUCUACAGAAGAUCAGUACAUGAAUGUUCAGAUGAGUUCUUAUUUCUUCAUAGAUCUAUGUGUGGUUUGCAUUUGUAAUGUUUGUUGUUUCGAAUUUUUUGAGUUCAUAUCAUUCUUCUUUGAACAAAUCACCCGAAAUAUAUGAUAUUGACAAGAAACAAACAAUUUCACUAUAAAAAAUUAAAACA